UCAGACAGGAGGCGGUUACAGGAGCAGAGCAGCAGGGAUCUGGAGCUGGCUACAUGUCGGUGCAGGUGCAGUGCCUGUCGUUUCGACAGCCGUACGCCGGUCUGGUUCUGGACGGGGUGAAGACGGUGGAGAGCCGCUGGAGGCCCCUGCUGGCUCCGCUGGAGAACCUGACCCUGGCGGUCCACAUCGCCUGGCGGGACUGGGAGGGGGACGAGUGGCGGGCGGUGCUGAGCGACCCGCUGGGGAUGAACCCGGCUAAAAUCCAAGAGCUACUGGAGUCUGGGGAGAGGUUCGGCCGUGGUGUGGUAGCAGGACUGGUGGAUGUGGGCAGGACCUGGCUCUGCCCCGCCUCCACGCAGGGGGAGGAACUACAGCAGCUGGAGCGUUCAGCCAUUCUGAUUGGUCUGCAGGAGAAACACCUGACUCACCUGUCCAAUCCUCGCUGGCUGAAGGAGCCGCUGAGCGCCCGAGGAAGUCGUGACCUCUGGACUGUAGAGAUCCCUGCUGAGCUGUUACCAUGACGACACAUGAUGCACACAGACAACAACGUCUUGGGUGGGGGGGGGGACUGAUGGAUUGUCAUGAAUUCCUGACCAGCGGGUCACAGUUCACACCUGUCCAAAGCCUCACUUCCUCAUUAGAGAUGAAUGCUGAUGUAGCAUGCUAACAUGCUAACACUUUAUAUGGUAAAUUCUUAUAACAUAGUAAAGUCACCCUUGCCAGAUGUUUGUUUAUUCUUCAUAAAACCAGAUGUUUAUAUUCACUCACCCUCAUCAUCCUCACCAUGAACCUCAGGGUGGUUUCACCUCACCUCCACCUGACGUCAGAGCUCCACAUCUGAUUCUACACAGGAGAGGAUUUAUGAGGAGCUGCUGCAGAACAGUCCUGAGCCAGGUGAGUCAGGUGGCACCUGUGAACAUGUGAUUGUUCUCACUAAUGAAAAAACCCGAUCGACACUCGUCUGCUGGUGAAAAACAAACUUUAUUCUCCCAGGAACAAAACAAUCACCAUCACCAGUUUGAAUAUCAACAUAAAUACAUCCCCCUCUUCAAUAAACAGGGGCUGACCAUGCCCAGCCUGCAGCCCCGCCCCUCUCUGUGAUUGGCUGGCUGACACUCCAAACAAACUCCAAACUCAAGACUGACAAACUUUAAACAAAAAAUCUGGUUUUCUCAGGCAGCUGUGUCGACUCCACCCUCCACACCUGUCACUAUGACAACCUGUGAUGCUACCACCUGUGUUGCCAUGGAAACCGCAAGGAGGCCUCUGUCUCACUUUAACGAGCUGCUCAUUAACGAGUUUAACAUUUGGAACAGGAUGUGACUGAGGCAGAUGAGUUGUGUCGGAGGUAUUUAGUUCUGUAAAUAAAACAACUGAAAAAGGCAAUUUAGCCACAAGCUAACAGCUAAUGUGUUGUUGUGAUGUGAAGCUAACAUGCUAACAUGCUACAACAGGAAAACCUCAAUACCAAAAAACUUUUAAUCAUCAGUUCACUUUGAAAAGAAAAUUUACCACAUUAUUUAUUUACGUAUUUAUUUGAACUUUAACUAUGUUGCUUGAACUUUUUUCAAUUAUAAUUUUUUUUAUUUUGAAAUUUUCUCAAUCGUUUUCUCUGGUCCGUCCCCUGGAAACCUCCCAUGUCUGAAAUUAUGAGGUUCUCCUGUCAUUAGCUGCGUGCUAACAAGUGAGGUUGAUGUGUGUGU